UCGCAACUUUUUCAAAAUAAAAGCCUAACUCGGGAACAUUUCUGAGGACAGCAGCUUGUGUGUGACCUUUGCGCAGAACUUGAUGCGCGGUGGGACAGCAGUAUACGAAAGAUGUCUGGCACCGGGAGAUUCAUGUAUUUUGCAUUCGGAAGCAAUUUAUUGAAGGAGAGAUUGCAAAUGGCCAAUCCUUCCGCCACGUUUCGAUGCACUGGUCGACUGAAGGACUAUGUGAUGAGGUUUGGUCUGUGUGCAGAACAUGUUACUAACCAAUGGCAUGGUGGAGUGGCCCACAUUUCAUUCUGUCCCGGCGAAGAAGUGUGGGGAGUGGUGUGGUCUAUGAGCGACGAGGACAGGCCCAGCCUGGACAGCCAAGAAGGGGUGGACCGCGGGAUCUAUUCUCCUAUGGAGGUGAAUGUGGAAACAGAUGAGGGUGACGUGUGCUGUAGGACCUAUCAGAUGACAGAAUUCCACGUCUGUCCUCCAGCACCGCAGUAUAAACAGGUGGUGUGUAUGGGGGCCAAGCAGCACAGUCUUCCUGUGGGGUACCUUAAGAAGAUUGAAGCAGUUGAAACCAACAAUUACAGUGGACCCUCUGUCCUUGACCAAAUCUCUUUAAGCACAGUUUCAAAUUGAAUGUUUACAAAUUAGGUCUUAAAUAAAUACAUGGAAAAGGAAA